AUGCUUUAUAUGUUAUAUAUGCCGAGUCAGUGUACGAAUACAAAGCAGCCUGUGGGACACGGUCGUCCAAGACUGUGGCGAUCGUUCACCACAUCUUCAGAGUCCAAUUGUACGAACUCUCGUCAUUCUUCGGAAUCGUCCAGCUUUGACAUGAACUCAUUAUUCACUUAUCUGGAGCAAGACGUGGAGGCUACCACCUCGAACGACAAUGCGCAUAAUAGGAAUUCUCCUAGCAGGUCCUGCUCGGGUUGCAGCGAUCGAGAUUACCGCGCUUGUUUACUUGGUCAAACUUCGAACUCUCCCGAGUCGGAUCUUGAGAAUGGAAAUCCUCUACGCAUUCCUGAUUUCCUUAAGAAUAUAGUGGAAACACCUCCCUGCGAAGUCCAUCUCGAUGCAGAAAAGUUGUACUGUUACACUUGUAGCAAGCCGCUCUGUAGAGAUUGCGGUAUUCAACAGCACGAAGAUCAUGUCACAAACAACCUCAUGGAGGCUGUAAAAGAUGCUCAAGCCCAAGCGAAAGAAGUAUUACAGGAGGUGAUCCUUGGAAUUAGAAGACUCGAGGAAGAGCUCGACGCUACGGAGAUGGCGAAAGGAAUAGUACAACACCAUUCGAAACAAGCAGAAGUAGACAUGAUGUUGACCGUAGUAAAGGCAACUGCCAUCGCAGAAAAAAGACAGAAACAGCUGUUAGCUAACAUCCAGAAUGCUAUGCGAGAACAAUUACCUGUCCUGAACUCGGCACGUCUCGCCCUGAAGAAGAAACUAGUUCGUUUAUCUUUCGUCUGCGACAUACUUUCUGAAGCUAUGGAAAUAGACCCCGAAAAGGAUCAUCCAUUAUGCCUGUCGAUCAUCACGGACAUGGCUAUAGCAGAGAUUGAUGACAGUGACGAGACUUCUGCAUCCCUUUCUCCGGAAGAGAACGAGCAAUGUAUUGAAUUCAGCGAUAUAGAGAGCAAUUUUCAAAACGUCGUACCAAAUUUUGGAGAGUCGAUUGAUAACCAGCCAGGUACUAUAGGCGACCGAAGACUCCAACGGAACAGUAUUAACACGAAUUUGGACGAAGAAUUCCACAGCGGCCCGUGGCCGAUGCCAUCAGUUUCGAAGCCAAGAGAAACCACCCGGACGCAUCCUUUUCCUGUUACAGUUCGGAUGUAUCGGAACUCCGAAGUACCGGUGAAACCAUCAAAAAUCAUUGGCACUGGGGGCGAUGUCUUAGACAAUUUAUGCCGACCAUGGGGAAUAGCCUGUGACCAGAAAGGAUAUAUAAUUGUUGCUGACAGAUCGAACAAUCGUAUACAAAUAUAUCGGCAAGACGGCAGCUUAGUGAGGAGGUUUGGCUCCAUUGGCACAGCUCCAGGGCAAUUCCAACGGCCAGCUGGUGUGGCAGUCGACUCCCGGCGACGAAUUAUCGUUGCUGACAAGGACAAUCAUCGAAUACAGAUAUUCACCAUGGAAGGUCUAUUUCUACUAGCUUUCGGCGAGAUAGGCAAGCAAUGUGGGCAGUUUAACUAUCCAUGGGAUGUGGCAGUUAAUUACGAUUGUCAAAUAAUUGUAUCCGAUACAAAGAACCAUCGUAUACAAUUAUUCACCGCCGAGGGUAUUUUUCUUCAGAAGUACGGUCCCGAGACUUCGCCAAAUACGUGGGAACAAUUCGACUGUCCACGUGGUGUAGCGUUCGAUACUGAGGGCAACGUCGCCGUCACCGAUUUUAACAAUCACAAAGUGAUUACAGUUAACAGUGAUUUUGAAGACGUGCACGUGUUUCAAUGCGAAGCCACUGGUGUUUUGAAAUCUUUCCGAAGACCGCAGGGUAUUGUGAUAGAUGAUGCAGGCAAUGUCAUCGUGGCCGACUCGAAACGGCACAGAAUACAAAUAUUCAACAAAGAUGGACAAUUGAAAUGGAGUUACGGUAGUUUAGGGCAAGGUGAAUCUGAAAUGGACCGCCCAGCCGGUGUCGCGUUGUGCCCCGAUGGUAGGAUCGCAGUAGUUGACUUUGGCAACAAUCGGGUUCUCCUUAUUUAA